AGGACUCAGAAUAUAGCAGAGCCGGAUAAACAAAAGAGGAGCGGAUCCAUUCCACCGCUAGUCGAGCUGGCCGUAGGACGCCGUCCACCGCUGUCAGCCCCUGCGCGGUUGUUCUCGGAAAGUAUCGGAGAAGGUCCGAAGCCCAGAGCUCUGUCUACCCCAAAUUAUCUGGUUUGGGAGAGACAAUGAAGCAGGUGGUUGGAAUGGUGGUGUCAAACAAAAUGCAGAAAUCAGUGGUGGUUGCAGUGGAUAGGUUAUUCCACCACAAAUUGUACAACCGUUAUGUUAAACGCACCUCUAAAUUUAUGGCACAUGAUGAGAACAAUGUUUGUAACAUUGGUGAUCGAGUUCGGCUGGAUCCUUCUAGGCCCUUGAGCAAGUAUAAGCAUUGGAUUGUUGCUGAAAUUAUUAAGAAAGCAAGAAUUUAUGUUCCACCAUCUGCUUCUGUGACUAAUGAGCCGGGACCCACCUCUAAGCACCUGCGUCCUAAUACAAAUUAGGUCUGAAUGUAUGCAUCAAUCCUAUUAGCAGCAGCUUGCAUUUUUGCUUUUAUAAAUUAAUAUUUUUCCCAAGAAUUUUGAAAAUGUUACCCUAUCUUGAUAUGCUCUUGUGUGUUUUACGGCAUUUCUCUUUGAUGUCAUGUAUAUUUAUGUUUUUCAUUACUCUUAAUCUGUUUCUUUUGCUAUUCUGUCCUUAGUUUAUCACAUUUGAAUCUGGGCCACUAGUGAAAUCCGUGAGUCUAUUCCAAAUAAUGUUGGAGGGUCAUUAUUGUGUUGUAAAUCCUGGAGUUGUUUGGAUUAUGAGAGAGAAAAUCGUGGAAGAAUAUGUCGGUGUAUCUGAUUGAUUAAAGCAGAUAAAGGGGAAGAGCAGUUUCCUGGUUUAGUUUUAGUUUUUGAGUCUUCCCAAGAUGGUCAAUCUCCUCCUGAUCCGAGAUUACAGAAACUUCGUAUUGCUUUAUAUUCAUUUUCUUAAAGUUUCUUAAUGUUGGAAAAAGUGGAGUUUAAUUGUCAAUUCAAUGUAUGGCCUAUUCAUGCGCACACAUAAUGAUAAAACGGUGAAGAAAUUUUAAUGUUUUCUACUGAAUAAACAGUCCUUUACUCCUUUCAUUAUAAAACCUUGAAGUAUGAAUAAACCAUCUCUUUGUUUAUUUGUCUUUGAAAGUGGUUUGCUUGUGACUGGAACGGUGGCUAAACACAGGAAAUGUGUACAUUCUUUUGCAGCCUGAGAUGCUGAAGCUUUAGCUAAAUUUUUCCUGAUGUCAAUGCUUAUACAUGUAGAUAAGAUAGGAAUUUACUCAUGCUGUUUGCAGCAUGUCUUGACUUUAACUAUUAUGUACUUGUUCUGUUAAGAUGGGAAUAGAAUGAGAACUUGAACCUCUGCUGCUGUUUUCAUAGGCAAAAUCUAAACCUUCUACUA